AUGAUGCCAGGGGAGAACCAGUCCAAAACUGGAGGAAUUGCCUCGGAAGCGACUUCUGACACUUGUCAAAACUGUACUGUUUUAAAUCAGACAUUAGAUGACUAUGUAGCGGCAUUUCUGACGUUGAAACAGAAGAUCAUCGACACAGACCAUUUGCUGAGUGAAUAUCGGGAGAAAUGUGAUGAGCUUCAAAAAUCUCAAAGGGAGAGCAGCAAGUUGCACAAACAGUUGGAUGAAGUGCUGCUGAAACUGUCUCCUUUAGAGAAACAGAAUGCUGAAUUUGAGGCAACAAAGGCAGAGCUGGAAUCAACAAAGGCCGCUUUGAAGACCUAUCAGAAAAAGUCUGAAGAGGUAGACAGUCUGAAAGAGGACAAUAGCAGGAUAUUUGUGCUAAAAGAGAGGGCUGAAGACUCCUUGAAAAAAGCUGAAGAAACUGCACAGCAGCAAAUUCACAAGAAUUUACAGUUAAACACCGAAAAGAAAGCCCUUGAAGAGGAACUACAGAAAGCUAAGGUUUCUCUGAAGAUAUGCCAGCAAGCAGCAGAGGAGAUGGAGGCUCUGAAAGUGGAAAAUGCCAAAACAUUAAUUCUAAAGGGGAAUCUUGAAAAUCAGUUGAUUAUUCUUGAAGAUACAAAGCUUAAGCAGAAUCAAGAAAUUACUAACCUGAAAAACGAGAAGAAAACACUAGAAGAAAAACUACUGAAAACUCAGCAAAAGCUGGAAAAGCUGGAGAAGGAGUUUUGCAAAGAGAAGAAAAGUACCUCAAGUCAAACCGAGGCUGAAGCAAAAGUUGAUAAAUCUAAAGUCAGACAGCUCUUAGAGGAACUGUGGCAUUGUGUGGAACCUCGGUCAUCGCCAAACUCUAACGCAUUACAUUUCUCUGGUUACUCUGUACCAGACUCCAGAGCUCAAAACAUGUGGACCUCACCCAAAAAAACCCAGAUCAAAAGGACUUGUCAGACAGUGCUACCAAGCCCGCCGAGGAGACAGAGGAUGCCGUCGGUUUUCCAGAGCCCAUCUGCAAAAGUUGAUCGGGAUGCAUCUAACAGCCCUAGUUCAGCAGACUUGGAUGAUGACCUGUCGACUGAUAAGAGGACUCGGCCUAGUGUUGAGGACCGCUCAAAUGUGGAUUUCAGUCAUCAUGGUCCACCAGUCAUUCAACCUGAAUCCAAGGACUUCUCUCCGUCUUCUGGAUUGUCAAAUCACCAGACCUUAGACACCUGUGUGGAGAGCAAAUCGGUGACAACGGAGUGUAUUUCUACAUGUAGCACAGUAAAAUCUGAUGCUUCAAAAAGCCACAAAGAAAUUGAAAAUUCUGCAACUGUUCAUAAAGGUCUGCCCUUUGGACAAGGGGAUGUACCUUCAGAAUACCAAUGCGUGAAUCCUCAGAUGGCAUCUGGUGAUUCUCUCGCCUGUGCUCAUGCCAGAAAAUGCCUUUCGGUCUUAUCGGAGACCACAACACCUCUCACUGCUGUGCCAGAGUCACUGGAAAACUCAUUUACAGACGGCGAAGCUAUGGAAGUAGAAGGCUCGUCUGAGAUUAAGCAAUCGGGCAAAGACACGGUGCUGAGUUUACAGAACGGACAGGCUGCACUGCAGCCUCCUUUUGGAAAGUGUGACAUAAAAUUGGAAAUGGGGUGUCAGUCCCUCACCCACACAGAGUUUACAGAUCAGAAUAGCAAUCCGUCAAAACCUGGCGCACCAAAUGCAUUGAAAGAUCGACCAGAAAAGGAAUCGGAAGGUUCAAAACAUACUGAGUCCAGUGAAGUAGACAAAAUGCUAUCAGAUUCUUCAGAUAAUAAAUCAGUAGUGAACACGGACGUGACAGUUUUGGAGGUCGAAGACAGGGAUUCAUUUCAAUGCAACGGAAAUGAGCGGAUGCCGGAAAACCCCGACCUUACUGAAGGGCAUUCUAACGAGAAAGCAAAUAUACCAUCUAGUACUGUAGAACCGAUUCCAGAUGCAUGCUCACAGACAGAGGAGGAAAAGGAAGAACAGGAAUUGCCAAGCAGUUUUCAACAAGAGACAGCCAUGGAGAGUAGUGAAACUGUGAAACCUAGUUCAUCGAUUUCAGUCGGAUCACUUUUAUCAGAGAGCCUGGAGGAGGAUCGUUGUUCAGAUUUGUCUGUGGGUGGAAAUGAGAUCAGUACAAAAUCUGAAAUUAAGAACAGAGCUGAGUCAGCUGACUCAGAUAAUGAAAAGCAGAGUGCCGCAUUAUGUCAUAAAUUAUCUGUCAGUGAAAAACAAUGUGAAAAAACUUACAGUAGGAGUGAAAGGUCUACCUCCGAUGGACAGUCUUGUCCUGACAAAAUCAGUGAACCAACUUCACGUGAAUUUUCAGAGAAAAGUAAAUCGUCCAGUGAUGGGGAGUGCAUUGGACUCCAGCGACAAAACAGCGUAAGACCUGGACCCGUAGUUCCCACCGGGAAUUUUCCAGAGAAUAAGGGAGAUUCCAUGGAAGAGGAGUUGAGUACAGUUACAGCAACUGAGAAACAGAACAGGUGUUCAGAGGAUGGCGUGCCCACUCAACAGACUUUUGAAGUUUUGCUCAGUUCCUCAAAUAUGAAGAGUGGCUGUCAGGAUUUAUCAGUAAAAGAGAGACCCGAGAAAGACUCACAAGACCCCCUCAAAAAACCUAGGCAAGGCAGUGAGAAGGCUGACCAAUUAAAAGAGAACAGAAUAUCUGAGGAAACUAGUGUCAGUAUUGACAACUCUGAACAACUCAGAACAACUGUCUGUACAGUCAAUGCUCAACAUGGGACAAUAGAGGACUCCAGUAACUCCAGAAAUAGCCAUCAAGAUGAGAUUUCGCCACGCACAGUUGUAAUGGAUUUGUUGAAGCAUGCAGGUGUGGAAAAAGGUGUUCAUCUAGCAGGUGUAAUCUCCGUAAAGUCCUUAAAUGCAACACCAUCCCCAGAAUCUUUGGGAAAAGCUCGUGCCGAAAUGGGACCGCCGCUACGUCCUGUUGUUAUGCCGUUGACCGCAACUCCUCCAAGAUUUGGAAAAUAUUACAGUCCAUUGAGGCAUGUCCCUGAAAAGCUAUCCUCACCAUUGGCUGUACCGAUCUCCCCCUUACAACAGACUUCUGUACCUCAGGAUUACUCUGAGAAGUCUCCUUGUCUUGGUACAUCAUCCCCCAACUGUGGUGUGCCUUCCUCUCCAUUGCAGUUUGGGUCAGCUACACCAAAGCAUGCCGUCCCUGUCCCAGGUAGAUUGCCCUCGUCAGCAAUCUGCUCCUCGUCCCCCAGUUCUUCUCAGGAGAAUUCAAUGCAAAUGCUUGACACCAUGUAUCCAGAACUCUCAGCUCGUGCACGGACUCUUAACAUACUCCGUGGAAACGUUAACCUUAAUAGGCCUUCAUCUGAGAACAAAACUCCUCCUCCAUCUGUUAGUCAGAUAUCGGGAAACAAAACAAUCACUUCUUCAUCUACAGCUUUCACCAAAACAGAACAGAAAGGUAAAAGGACAGGAGUCAGCAUGCAUUUACCGAAGAGUGCCAAGAGACUGCGACUUGACAACUGUUCUCCCGUGCCUUCUGACGCUGCAUCACCAACAGAGCUAUCGACAAAUCCUCAACCAGUUGAUAAAGUGGAAUCUCCCGAAUCACCCAAUCAGAGUAUUCCAGCAGCAAGUUUUGAAGAAGAGCACUGCGCUAGAAUGCCACCCAAGGAUGACAUUAGCAACAAGCAGUUAGUAAUUUCGGAGGCUUUGAAGAAAGUCGAAACGUCUUGUUUUGAUGUCUUACCCGUAAUCAAAAGUCACGUGUUCCUUGGGAGAGUCUCUCAAGUUCCAGUCUUGAGGGAUGAAGAGAAGGCGGUCAUUUCCAAUUUCUGCACGACGCAUCAGUCCUUUGCAGAAGACUUCUUGUCUGCCAUCUUGUCCAAAAUGAAGGCUGAGAAAAGCAUUCUGAGUGACGAUCAUUUACAGUGUCUGUGUAGAGUCUACACAGGCAUUUGUCGUCAAAGGAAGGACUGGCAAAAAGUACACGCCCUCGCCUACAGCGUUUUGAAAGAAGACUUCCCUAAUGCAGCCAAGCUGAUUUUGUUCAUGGUGACUACGUGGCCUUCUGUCCUCUCCCAUCAAAGUGCUGUCUGCAAGGCUGUCCACACGGUUACCAACCUAAAAGCAGAGGGAGAGAUUUUGGAGUAUCUCACUGCUUAUCUGAACUGGGACAAGAACCCUCCCUUUGAGAUCCAGCAGAUUAUCAGCAGAUCUCUGAGAGCACUCCAAGAGGAUAAAGAUCUCAAAUUUCAGAGCCAUGAACGGCAUGGAGAGGACCUCUGCCAGGCUACGUGGGAUUAUGUGUUUGCUGUGGAUCUUCUCUGUGCUCAUCAAAAAUGGAAGUGGACCCACGACAACAUAAUUGGAAAAGAGCUUUGGCCAGUAAUGAAUACAUGGGUGACCCAACCAAGAUCUCAGCAGACUCCCAUUAGAGACAUAUCUGUUGCUGCAGUACUGAGGUUAAUUGGGCGUCUUGGACAGCUGGGGAUCAAGGAAAAACUAUGCAAAUCAGUUCAAAACGUUGCAAAUGCCAUCAACCUCUUUGGUAAACACGGCAAAGCAGAAGGUGUACCAUGGACAGUACAGUUAUCUGCCAUCUAUGCUAUCUAUGAUCUGUCGCCUAGCAACCCCAAAAAUGCCUUGGACGCCCUUGCAUCAUGGCGUGGGGACACGACACAACCGGUGCCCCCUGCCGUUACUAGCUGCAUCACGCAGAUUGGCUCCUUGUGUCGUCAGAUCAAAUCCUGA